GUCUUCAUUGUUCAUUUCCGGUAUACAGGGUUCUUGCCAUAAAAGAAGAAUGGAUAAAGACAUCGUGGUGCACCAAUUCUCAAGGAUCUCCUGACAGACACCAAAUCACAUUGAACACAUACUUUGGUAACCAUGGCAGCAUUUAUAACCAAUCAGACGCUAGAUACAGAGUUUAGUGCAGAUUCUACAGAAUGGUGUCCCCAUAGCAACCAUCAUGACAUCUUGUUGUGUGGAACGUAUCAACUGGACACUUCUGCUUCUAACUCUGGUACACAGGAAUCUGAUGACAGCACCGCUUUACAGAGACGACAGACCAGACAUGGCCGACUGUACAUCCACAGACUGACCAGUGGUCAGGAACUGGCCACAGAGACUACACUGGACAUGCCAGGAAUUCUGGACAUUAAGUGGUGUCCUGUACCUUCUCCGGACGGAUCCCUCAUGGCCUUGGUCAACUCUGUUGGUCAGUUACGACUCUACAGGAUGACUGACAGUGAGGCUGGUGCUCCUGACCAAAAAGUUGAUAUGACAGAGGUCAUGAACUUUGACCUUGGAGAUGACUGUCUUGGAUUAUCAUUGGACUGGUCAAAUCGAGUAAACAAAGGACCUCCGACUAACAUAUGUAGUUCCACGUCCACGGGUGAUAUCCACGUACAUGCUGUGGAUGGUGGUGACCUUCGACCCCUGACAAGCUGGAAAGCUCAUGACUUUGAGGCUUGGAUCACCGCUUUCAACUACUGGGACACCAAUCUCAUCUAUACAGGUGGUGAUGACAGCAAGCUGAAGGGUUGGGACAUGCGGAUGGAUCCCAAGCAGACAGUUUUUGUCAACAAGAGACACACCAUGGGUGUUACCAGUAUACAGAGCUGUCCAAACAGGGAACACAUACUAGGCACUGGCAGCUAUGAUGAAGAAUUGAUGGUGUGGGAUACUCGUAAGAUGAGGUCCCCCCUAGUGACCACGUCCCUGGGUGGGGGAAUCUGGAGAAUAAAAUGGGAGCCCAAGCAUGGACAACACAUCCUUACUGCUACUAUGUACAAUGGUUUCCAUGUUGUAGAUGCGAGCAAUCUCACAGAAGAGCCACUUCCUAUUCUGUGUCACUAUGACAAACACACAUCCCUGGCUUACGGAGCGGAUUGGUGCUACAUGGAUCCCCCCUCUCCCUCCUCACAUGCCCCUGGGGAGGGGGCAGACAAAAAGGACUUGCCCAUCCCCUCGGGGAAUACAGGCAGUGAACAAGGUCAAAGUGCAUCACAGGUUCCUGUUAACAAUGACUUCCUAAAAACUAUAGCGACUUGUUCAUUUUAUGAUCAUAUUCUCAAUUUGUGGCAAAUCAAUCUCAAUUCAUCAUUAGGAUAGGUUUUAACUCGUUAACCCCUGUGUAACUUAAGUUAACUCUUCCAUUCAUUGUUCUGGAGGAGUCCAUUUUGGUCUCCAGUGGUGAAAGGGUUAAGUGAAAAUUCUCGUCAAUAAAAUAUUAUCAAAAAAAAACGU